AAAUUCACGCUUAGAUGGGUGUCAAAGCAAGGAGUUGUGUGGGGAGCGGUGGUUGACGGCUUGGAACAUUCCAAGCGCACAAUCGAUAGUGCACCCACCAUGGACGAGCGGAAGACAUCUUUCCUACAGAGACUUUUCAACAACCUGCUCUGCUGUACUCGAGAGCAAAGGAGGGAUGUCAUAGUAUACCCUCCACUACCUACUCCG